CAGGAAGUGACGCAUCACCUGAACUUUGAAUGCACCAAACAUUUCACUUGAACUUUGAACGCACCAAACAUUUCAGAGUCGAUGGCUGAAGACAGCAGCGCGCGCGGAACCGGAUUCUCUGACAGCUCCACCCACGUGGACGUGAAGGAGUAUUAUGGCAGGAAGCUGAAAACAACCUCAGAUCUGCAGAGCAAUGCCUGCAUGACUCCACCUCAGCCCAGCCCCGCCUUCAUCCGCGAGGCUUUGAAGAAAGUUCACCCUGAAGUCGUCGCACGGUACUACGGCUGCGGUCUGCUGGUGCCGGAGAGCUUGGAGGGCUGCUCCAUCCUGGACCUGGGCAGCGGCAGUGGGAGGGACUGCUACAUGCUGAGUCAGCUGGUGGGCCAGAAGGGUCAUGUCACUGGCAUUGACAUGACUGAGGCCCAGCUAGAUGUGGCCAGAAAAUACUUGGAUUAUCACAUGACCGAGUUUGGCUUCCAGAAGCCAAAUGUCAGUUUUGUGCAGGGAUACAUCGAGGCUUUGACUGAGGCGGGCCUCCAGAAGAACUCCUUUGAUGUCAUCAUCUCCAACUGCGUGAUCAAUCUCUCUCCAGACAAGAGGCGCGUACUGUCUGAAGCUUACGCCGUGCUCAAGGAUGGGGGAGAGCUUUACUUCAGUGACAUCUACUCCAGUGGAAGACUGCCAGAGCAAAUCAGAAACCAUAAAGUGUUGUGGGGUGAGUGCCUUGGUGGGGCGCUCUGGUGGAAGGAUCUCCUGCAGAUGGCUGAAGCGACAGGCUUUAGUUUCCCGCGGCUGGUGACAGCCACCCCCGUCACGGUGGGCAACAAGGAGCUGCUGGACAUCCUGGGUGAUUUCAGAUUUGUCUCUGCCACAUACCGCCUGUUCAAGCUCCCCAGGGGUCAGUCCAAGGCCUGCCGGGUGAUGUACAACGGAGGGAUUCCAGGGUCAGAGACUGUCCUCCACUUUGACUGUUGCUACACCUUUAAGGCCAAUGAGCCAGUGGAGGUGGACCAGGAGCUGGCCAGCAUCCUGAAACAUUCCAGGUUUGCAGACGACUUCACUUUCCAGCCACCAGGGGGCUCCUGUGAGCCCCGCAGCGUCCCAGCUGAGGCGAACGCCGCGGAUCCCUUCGAGCUGGCCCUCAAGUCCGGCGAGCAGGGCCUCGUCUCGGCCACAGGAGGGGGGUGCUGCAGCACUCGACCUGCUGACUGCUGCAAGUGAUGCUGGGAAGACCACGGGAAGGACAAUGCUGCACCGCUCCGUCAGCAUACAGGACCUUUUCAGAAGCGGUGUCCUGCCUGUGACUUUCUGUUUCCUUUUUUUUGUGCUCCAGUCUAUAAAUCUGUAAGGAGAAAGGAAGAAACUGGUUUAUUUUUAGUUCUAAUCUUUCAAAAUGAGAAAUAAUUUUAAAUGGAAACCCAAAGAAUGAGUUAAAACAUUAAUAAGCAGUAUAGAAAGGUUAAUGAUCACAUGUUCAUUCAGAAAUGUCCUUAAAGACAAUAAUGUAUGCCAGUUCAUUAAAGCUCUUAUUGUCACAUCAAAA